CGUUACUCUUUGGUACUAAAUCCGUUAGCCGGCGUUACUCUUUCUUCAAUCCGUUAUCCGUUACUCUUUGAAAACAGCACUUUCCUGCAGUCCGUUCCAUCUUUUCUGCAGUCGAGCAACACUUUUCUGCAGUCGCUGCCUUCAGCGUCAUCUUUUUUGCAGUGCAACUGCAAAAAAGUUUAG